CUACAAUGCAUUGCAGAAAUUCUAUUCGGCACGUCUCAAUCUAGAAACGGACGUCGAGCCUCCGUCGUAUUCAUAGCAAUCACCCUACAGAACUACCCAGAUCCAGAUCCAGAUCACAUCGUGCAGUUACAAUGGAGACUUAGCUUACUUGAUUAGACCACUGACAGGUAAGACUAUCGGUUCUUAAGCUACAUCGCCCCGGAAUCAAGGGCCUAGGGCGAUUUGGAGAUAUCGAAAGCCCGGAGCUCGUAAGCUGUCAUCACGACGUUGUACGUAGGCCAUCCUUCUACAUAUAUAUCUGCGAUUUCCCAUUCCUCUCAGACACCUCGGUCAUAAAGCUGGAAGAAAAUAUAUGCUUUGACCACAAGACUCGCACAAUUCUUGUCGAAAGUGAGGUUGUCCCAUCGGCAAGAUGUUACUUAAGAAGCUUUCAUACCUCUUAGACCUCUGCGCCUUAGCCACAGGGACAAUUCUCCAGAAUGGCCAAGUGAGAAUUACAGACUACCCUGAUACUAAAAUUGACAUCUCCUCGUAUGACUUCCGAACAUAUGAUGCAAAUGUUACAGAGCUAUCUUAUAAGGGUAGAUGGGAUUCUAACAAGGUUUCCUGGUGGUCAGCUCCCGGACUUGUCUUCGGCUUCACGGGAAGCACGGUCGCUAUCACAUUCGGAGAACUGACCACAGAUACAACACUCGUCGGGUACCGGAUAGGUGGUAUGGAUUGGACUUUCACCAACGUAACAGCGGGCGCAACGCACCUCCUAGUCACUCCCUCAACCCCUGGCGUCAACGAGACCUACCCCGUUAACCCACUGACCUUCGAGCUUCGCGUCACGAACUGGGCCUACGGCGUCCAAAUCAGCAAAGUGCACGUAGCCGCUGGCGAAUCCCUGAUCAAGAUCCCGCCGUACAAGCGCACGAUCGAGUUCAUCGGUGACAGCCUCUCAGCCGGCAUGUAUACGAGCUACGAGGGCUUGUCCAGCUUCGCGUACGGCGUCGGCGCUGGUCUCGGCGACACGGAGUACUUCAUUACUGCGUACCCGGGCAUCUGCGUCUCGGACCAGGAAUGCUGGGGCAAUCCGCGCGGGCAAGUUCAUCAGUGGUUUUAUACGUCGGAUACGAGCGGGAGAGCAGCGGAGAUAUGGGGAGACCACCCGGAGCCGUGGGCCUUCGAAAAGCAGGAGACGACCCCGGAUAUCGUCGUCGUCAACCUCGGAACUAACGACAAUAACGCCGCGAACAACGUCAGCACGGAGACAUACGUCGAUGCCUACAAGAACCUGAUACGGGGUGUCCACGGGAAAUACCCCAAAGCGCAAGUCAUUGUGAUGCAACUAUGGAUGGGCUUCUACCCCUACGGCAACACCUACCAGCAAGGCCUCGGCUUCGAGCAGGAACUCAAGGACAUCGUGGCCUACUUCAACUCGAACGAGUACCUCGACGCGCCGUCGAUCUGGGACGGCGCGACGAGCGCGACGACAGUCUUGGACGCCCCGAGCGAGCCUUUCGUGCAUUACUUUAGUACCAAGGGUAUUAGUAAGUUUUCCCCCUUGCCAUUUACCAUCUCAUAUGAUAUACCGGACACCUGGGCCAGGUCAGGUUGAGUGUUGGAUACGUUCUUUUGUGUACGAGUGCAGCAUAACGAUAUCGGUCCGCUGUGGCAUCCGACGGAUGUUGGUGCCAUCAAAGUCGCUAGCCAUUUGGCGCAGUUUAUCAAGUUGACGUUUGGUUGGGAUUUGGUAGCUACUGGUCCCGAGAUAUUCCACGACACGCUGUAUU